GUCUUGUUGCCGUCCUAGCCCAAGACCUGCAAACUGCAACUGCACUCAGCAGGGAUGCUCUCCGAGACCAGUGCUCCUGGGGUCAUCUUGGCUCACGGGAAUCUCAUUGGUCCAGGGGAGAAUGGAUCACUGGCUGUAUUCUCCAGCAGAGAUGGUGGCUGGACUUGGCGACAGGGUCCUGUGUCAGGUGGUGUGCAUCACUUCAAUAUCUUGGACCAAGGUGGAGUCCUGACUGUCAUGCUGGAUGGUCUCAUGACCGGCACUAAAACUAAUACCAUGCACUACUCUUGUGAUGAGGGUCUCACAUGGAAAAAGUUUCCUUUCAUCAAGGACCCACUUAUUGUCAAAGGUGUUCUUACUGAGCCAGGUUCCUUGACUGUUGUGGAGAGUGUUUUUGGCAAUACCAAGAACAAAGAGCCCUGGACUCUGAUCAAAUUGAACUUCUCCUCUGUGCUGGGAAGUAAGUGUCAGGAGAAAGACUACGAGAAAUGGCUUCCCCAGGACUAUAACAAUAAUUCGUCUGGAAAAUGCAUCUUGGGCAGAAUUACUGAAUACUCUCGUAGAAAAGUGACAAAUCCUCCUUGUUACAGUGGAGGUGUUUUGAAGCCAAAAGUCAAAACCAACGCGACCUGCGCUUGCACAACAGAAGACUAUGAAUGUGAUUUUGGAUAUGAAGAAUCUGGAAAUGAGUGCAAGAAGUCUUCUUGGUUCUUUGAUGGCUAUGUGGCAUUUGAAUGCAAGAAGGGAAUGUACUCUGCUAGUCAAGGAUAUCGCAAAAUACCAGCAGACAGUUGCAUUGAAGGUGCUGAGUUCAAGAAGAGAUAUGACAGAGUGAACAAAGAAUGCCCAAAAGUCAGACCACUUGGUGUAUCCCUGACCACGGAGACGAUGAACGUUAGGGUCGGGAUAGAGACUUCCUUUCACAUGGACCAGAGGGGGGGUUCAAAGACUGACACUACUUAUACAUGGAAUUUUCAAGAUGGCAGCAAACCCAUACAGCGGAGUGAUUUUACAUCUGCUUCUGUGCAGUCCCACACAUUUCCUAAGGUGGGACGGUACAAUGUGUCUGUCAGCGCUGAGAACAGCAAGGGAUCAAGCAACGCCACCUUGCUCAUACAUGUUCAAGAGCAAAUUGACAAUCUGCUAGUACUAGCACCAUGGGCCGGCAAGAUGGGCACACCUGUGAACUUCCAGGCAUUGGCGUCUAUGGGUUACAAGCAGGCAAAAUCAGAGCACCAACACUAUGUGUGGACUUUUGGUGAUGAGGAAGAUGGUGACCAUCCAUUGUUGACGUGGAGUAGUAAUGUCUUACAUGUAUUCAAGGUCGCCAGAACAUACCAAGGAACAGUGGAGGCUGUUAAUUCUAUUAGCUCACUCCACAAACAUUUCAAAGUUCGCAUUUUUGAUGCUGCUGUCAUCCUUCUCAUUGACUUUAGUCCUGAAGUCAGUAUGUAUCAAGCCUUUCCGUAUGUGAGUACGCUGUUCAUGCACAGAGUACGUCAGGAAAUUUCUGAGGCUCUAGGUGUCUCAUUGCUGCGCAUUGAAUGUGUCUUUGAAGACAAAUCUCCACAUGCUGGACUCCUUUACAUUUUUCCUUCAUCUGAUCAGGGAGAUCAGACAAUGCAGGAGCUCUCUGACAGAGUCAAGACCAUGGUGAAGAACAAAGAGCUGAAGGUCAGCCUGUUUGGCAAACCUUACCCUGGUGUGGAACUUCUCUCUGCCUCUGACUGGACCAACUCUACAGAUGGCCCGAGCCCCCAUGGUCAUGGUCCCAAUUUGAAGCCAGUGUACAUUGCUGCUCCUAUCUUGGUGUUGGCUGUCUUAGUCUCCACUUUGACCUUUUUUUAUUGCCGCAGACGACAAAGAGCUGCUCGCCACUUCACUCUAUUGUCUAGCCAAGAUGAUUCUGAUGCUCUCCUUGACGAUGAUGAUGAGGCUCCAUUGGAUCUCAACCUUGACCUUGGUGGGCGGGAUACAGGACGUGAUGACCAACUUUUAGAUGGUGGUGGCAGUCACCUAGUUAUGGUGACUGGAGGUGGAACAGCGGACAAUGCUGAAACAUGCUGAACUCAAGCUGCUGCUGCUGCAUGUAUUUUCUCCAUGAUGAUCUGGGCUGACAGAGAGCACGGAGUGGAUGUGACUGUGAUACUGACUUUGAUCUAGAUUUGCACUCACAUCAUUCUCUCAAAGCUGAAAGUAAAA